ACAAUUUCAGGUAGACAAUUUUUCUGAAAUUGAUCAGUAAAAUGCCCCCAAUACUGUUCCAGCCCGCUCCUUAAAUCACGGGGCACUAAUCACCUCUCAGUCCGCAGACUUUAGGCCCAUUGUGCGUAUCCGCCCAAGUUACAUUGUUUUAUCUGUAAGAGCUUUUUGUGCUGAUGGUGUCAGUGUUCUUCCACUUGACAAAAACCCACUCACAAAACCCCAUUAUUGGUUUAACCACUGAAAUUCGAUUCUUUUUUUUCUGCCUUGAAAACACCAGGCCUCAGCCACAAGUGGACAUACGGGUUUGAGGAGGUGGCGCUUGGAUGUGAAGCGCAUUGUGUCAGGGCAGGUCACUUGCUCAUACCCUGUAAAAAUCGCGUGCUUGUGGAAUCUCAUCUUCUUUUUAAUCUCACCUAGGCCUUAACACCCGAUAGCCACCCAGGGAGGGUUUCAGCAGACUUGGAAAGAUUGUCUGGCAGCUGCCCUGGAGAGGUGGAUUUGGGUGACGCUCGUUCUGUGGAUAAUUCCGUUCUGAGAGGUCUUUGCUUCUUUGGGUGGUCAGUGUUUGGCACACCAAGUCCAUUGAUUUCUCUGAAACAUAUGGGAGUGCCACUACCAAAGACUGACACGCAAUCUACCAUUUUCAAUGACUCAGUGAGCCUGUUACAUGUAUCCAGGUAGGCUAUUAUAGUUUCAAGGUUAUAAGAUGACCGUGGCAUCGAACAAAUCCAUCCUCGGCGAGGCUGGACAUUGAGACUCUACAUGGCCACUGACCCGGACUAUGAAGAUUGAAUGAGCAUGUUUGGCACCAUACCUAUCCGUCUGAAUUCCCACCUUGUGGCAAUAGGAUGCGCAGCUACCUCCCUUAAAUGCACUUAUAGCGCGCUGCUUUGACUUUACCCUUCUCUCGGAGCUGCAGUUUCUAUAAGUGUCCCCAUCAUGGAUGAAGACAGUGGCGUGGAUAUCAUGUCUUUGAACAAGUACAGUAACAGUUCCUCCUCGUCGUCCAGCUCAGAGCACGACAAGAAGACUCCUGCCAAAAUAGAGCACUAUCCAAAGAAGAACGCAGAAAUCAUUAGCUGUCAGUACGGGACCAAUUUGCUGCUUGUCGGGAUUGCGUUGUUGCUGGCCAAUGCCACAGCUUUACCAAUUGUCGAAGAAAAGCACCUGCUGUCAUAUAUUACCAGCCUCAUGAUCCUCCAGCUGAUCUGGAUGCUGUGGUACGUUCUGUUGCGGAACAGACGGAAGAAUACGCGCACCGACAGAGAUAUCCAUGUUACCACAGCCUGGAUAAGAGGUGGUUUAACUGUCCUUGCAUUUAUUUCUCUGAUAAUGGACGCUUUCCGAGUCGGGUAUUAUGUUGGCGGCCAUUCUUGUGUGUCGGUGGUGCUCGGGGUAUAUCCUGUCAUCCAUGCAGUUCACACUCUAGCACAGGUGCAUUUUCUCUGGUUUCACAUCAAGGAUGUGAUCCAAAGCUUACAAACAUUUGAGAGAUUUGGUGUAAUUCAUUCAGUCUUUACCAACCUCCUCCUGUGGUGCUAUGGUGUGGUGUCAGAAGCUGAACAUUACAUGAACAACCGUAUGAGAAGACUCUCUAACAUGGGCUUCAUAAACUUCACUAUAGUGGAUCCAGAGCUUCUCUGUAACUGCACCGCCACCACUUGCACCCUAUUCUACAAGAGCCUCUCCUAUCUUUUUCCCUUCUGCAUUGAGUACCAUGUCAUUGUCUCUGCAAUGCUCUUUGUUAUGUGGAAGAAUAUUGGACGGACCACUGACCUUUCACACAAGAAACGGUUGGCUACUAAAACCCACUGCCUCAUCACAGGACCUUUUCUGGGUCUGGUUGCCCUUGCCAGCACUAUCGGGGUUAUGGUAGUCUACCUCAUCCAUACUGAGCAAUCCAUGGAAACACGACAGACAGCCAUUUCCAUAUUCUACAUUUAUGCUAUCAUCUUACUCACACUCAUGUGCUUUGCUGGUGUUGCGGGUCUACUCAUAUACCGAGUGGACCACAAACCACCAGACACCUCCAAGAACCCAUCCAGAGAGCUGGACACAGAGCUCCUGUUUGGAUCCUCUGUCGGUGCCUGGCUAAUGUCUUGGUGCAGCAUAGUGUCUGUAUUAAGCACCAGUAGCAACCCUCCUUACAUCUGGAUGAACUUCACCUACUCUCUUCUUAUUGUGUUGGAGAAGUACAUCCAGAACCUCUUUAUAAUAGAGUCUCUUUACCGCCACAAGGAGGAUGGUAAGAAGGAGGACCCAGAAUUACCACCUUCUCCAGAAACUUUCUCAGUGACUCCCCCUUUGCCCUUGCCGUACAAUGGCAUCAUCAACCAAGCUUAUGAGACUCCAGACAUGGCCUGUGUCACCUCAGAAAAUGAGCAGAAUGACAGAUGUUCGAGGAAACCAGUGGAGGCGCCGCAGCCUACAGGCCGCGACUUAGUGGAGCCUUCAAAUGUAAAGAAGCUGAUCCUGAAGAACAUUACUGUGUUCCUGGUAAUGUGCAACAUGUCGCUGUGGAUCCUUCCUGCCUUUGGCUGCCGGCCACAGUUUGACAACGGGCUGGAACAGGAGAUAUACGGCCCCAACAAAUGGAUCACAGUUCUCAAUUUUGCCAUUCCUUUGAAUCUUUUCUACCGCAUGCACUCAGUUGCCUCACUUUUUGAGGUGUUCAUCGAGGUCUGACAGAAUAGCAGAAAAGUGACAAUGCCAGAUAACAGGCACAAGAACACGUGCCACCACCGGCUCCCCAGAGUGUCUUAUAGCACAGGUCAACCAUUCAGGGCGCAGUUUGGAUCAAACUCCAACAGACAUGAAAGCAAGCCGUGGAGAUAAACAAAACAUAGAUUCCUCAUUGUUGUGAAGACCUAGAACCUAUUAGCCUGCCUUUCUCAAAGAAUUAGCUUAUAUAAUGUAAAGCUUAUUAAAGAGAAAAAAAAACAAUUUUUUAAAGAAUUGAAAAAAGGGCCCUUUGUACUUUGCUCUGUAGUUACAUGUUAGUUUUUUUUUCCUGGUGCAUCAUGUAAAAUGUAUAUUCUGUAUCUGGCACCCACAUUUUGUGUUGCUUCCUAUUAGUAACGGAAAGUACAGACUGGUGACAAAUUAUAAAGGAAAAACCUGAAUAAAUGACAUGCAUGACGGUCCCCCAUCCACAGGACAUCUGGUGUUACCAUUCAUUGACCACUUUAUGUUGGUUUUUCCUUUAUUUUGUCUCCCAUCAGUAUAUAACAAACUAUUUAGUUGAGUUUUAUAUUUGAAUAUACCACAAUGAAGCCACUGAAAUGCUUGUUAUUGAAAAAUAUCCAACAAGGUAAUAUUACUGUUUCACAGAGCCACCAGUGCAUCAGUGCACCCUUAAACCAUAUUUCAUCUGCAUUUUAAAUGUGAAGACUCUACAUGAAUAAGGUUCUCAUUUACUCAGUGGUUCAAAUAAUUUAAUAGACGUUAUGCAACACUUAGUGACAGUCUUUGAAUUGUACUAUAUUAUGAAUAAUGUUUAUGGGUUCUCACCUGCCUCUCUUGGUCACAUAAGGCUCAUCAUUAUCCUCUGGCAUACUGAAUUUCUCUUCUGCUGAGCUGAAUGGAAACUUUUGGUCUGAAAUAUGUUACUGGGUAGCACUCUUUUGAUUACACUGAAGUGCAGUGAUCUGUAUUGACACUAAUACAACAAACUUACAGACAGAAAAUAUUUCCAUCCUAUAAACGGAUCACAUUGAGACUUCAUGGAUGUUAACAUGAGAAGGAGCUGGUUUACAUUAAUGCUGUUCAAAUCAAGUACACUUCUAUUGUUAAAAGUGGGUAUCUUUUAUCAGAAUUACACCAAUAUAAAAGAUGACACAUAUUCGGGGGCGGCUGUGGCUCAGGAGGUAGAGUGGGUCGUUUCCUAACCGGCGGAU